UUGUUGCUGGCUUUUCCAGGGGUUGCUCACUCGCAGCCAGAGACGCUGCUUUUUUUUUCCGGGUUCGGAGUCGUUCCGGAUGCUUUAGGCUGCCGGAUGUCUGAUCUCCGGAUAACUGAGGCGUUUCUGUACAUGGAUUAUCUGUGUUUUAGAGCACUCUGCUGCAAAGGACCACCGCCUGCACGGCCGGAAUAUGACCUGGUUUGCAUAGGGCUCACGGGCUCUGGCAAGACCAGCCUGUUGUCAAAGCUUUGCAGUGAGAGCCCUGACAACAUUGUUUCAACCACAGGUUUUAGUAUAAAGGCAGUGCCAUUCCAGAAUGCCAUCUUGAAUGUAAAAGAACUUGGAGGGGCUGACAAUAUCCGGAAAUACUGGAGUCGUUACUAUCAAGGAUCUCAAGGGGUAAUUUUUGUAUUAGACAGUGCCUCUUCAGAAGAUGACUUAGAAACUUCUAGAAAUGAACUACACUCAGCUCUUCAGCACCCACAGUUAUGCACUUUACCCUUUUUAAUAUUGGCCAAUCAUCAAGAUAAGCCAGCCGCUCGAUCAGUACAAGAGGUCAAAAAAUAUUUUGAGCUUGAACCACUUGCGCGGGGAAAACGCUGGAUCCUGCAGCCCUGCUCACUGGAUGAUAUGGAUGCUUUGAAAGAUAGCUUCUCUCAGCUGAUAAAUUUGUUAGAAGAGAAAGAUCAUGAAGCUGUACGGAUGUGAAGUCUGGCAAAGAAAGCAGGUUCUCAAGAGACCUUGGACCUAUCAAGUUCACCCAUUUGAUUUUAUUUUGGUAUAUCAAGACUGUCAGGCUUCAGUAUCUAUUUCCCUCUGGUUAUCUCAAAUGCUCAUCUCUCUGUUAAAGUGGAUAUUCUGUAAAUCAGGUGAAUUAUCAUUGGCAUUAACAUCAAGUACACACUACUGAGAGAAUUUAUUCUCUGUUUAUCACUAAUUAUCUUCACCGCAUGUCUCUUCCUUCUGUUGCUCUAAGUGUCUCUUCUGUAUUCUAUGUUAAGAUGAAUAGAAUCCAUGGCUCACAGAAAUCAGAUCCUUUCUGAAAGACUCAGGGAUACUCACAGAACCCUGACUCAUUUUUCCCUGUGUUUGUGUUUGGAGGUUUAGUACUCCUCAGACCAUGUGUAUCAUUUUCAAGAACUCUUAGAGGUUCUACUUUAUAUUGUUUUACUUUAUUUAACUUUAAUUUUUUUUGUAUACUGGCCUUAAAGAUGAUGAAAAAAAUCGAGCACCAAAAACUCCAAUUUUUCACCUUAUCAGAAAGGAAAUUCUGCCAUAGUCAAAUCAGCUUUGAAUAACGUACAGACAAGAUGCUUAUUUCCCUGAUGUACAUCUGAAGUUACCUCCUCCUUUCUCUCUCUUAAGAGCGAGCGGAGGCAUUGUUUUCAUUUUGAGACAAGUUAGUGAAAAUGUAGGUAGGCACAGUGCAUGAACACAGAUUACUCUUUCAUCUGGCCCUCAAAUAUUUUUACUGGAAAUAUUACCCUGUAUAAAAUCAACUGCAACACAACAUAUCUUUUUUCAAAAAAAAAAAAAAAACUUAAGUGUCUAAUUGAAAAAAAAUAAUUUUUAAAAUAAGAGAUGAAAAAUUUUAAAUAACCCAAUGAGAGAUAGUUUACACUGGCUAAGGUUUAAACUGGGUGGACUAAUAAGAUGAUAAAGAUAUCAUCUGUGUAUUCAUUCAUUAAGUACUAAUGGAGUUUAAUGGAGUCUGCUAAUGUCGCCAUCUAGUAAUUAAAAGUCUAUCAGUAUUUCUAUUAUAAGCCUCUAUUUUCAGGGGUUGCAAUGUGCCCUUAAAAAUUGUACUGGGACUGCAGUAAAUACAUACUUUUAGGGCUCAGAUUCAGUUUUGGAACUAAAUUAGUUUUCAUUUAAUUGAAUGAUAACAUUACAUAGAAAUAAAUGUACAGUUUUACUAAGGUUUGGGAUCUUUGGCGUUUUUCUAUAUCAGGAAUAAUCUAUGGAUAUUGAAGUUUAUGAGUAAAAUAUUCUGUGGAACAUUUUGUAAAAAUUUUUUGGACCAUUUAAAAUACUAACUGGCCAAAUGAUAGGAAAAAAAAAAAAAACCUGCUCCCUACACCAGAGCAAUAAAAACAUGUUUGUAAGUUUUUGGUAGCAUGAACUGAUAUCUAAAUACCACAGACUCAGCCUACAUUACAGGGUGACGUAAGACCUUGUAAUUCUUCAGAAGAUAGACAUCAUUCAGAUCCAGUUUUUGUGGUUUAAUCUUGUAGGUGGAUUUUAAUGUAAUCAUUACCUUUGAAGCCUAGGAUACUUUCUUUAAGCAUUUUUUAAUGGAGUGGAUCAAAACAGAUUCAUAGUCAAUUUUGUCUACAGCUUCCCUGAGAAUUUUUACACUAUGUAAUCUGUGAACAGCACAAAAACUUUUAUCCCAAUGACCAGUUACCCAGCUCCUGAUUUCACUUUAUCCUGUUGUGCUCAUCUUCUAUGGAAAAAAAAAAUAUAUAUAUAUAUGUAAUAAAUGAUUAUUAGGCAUUGCUUCCUCUGCAAGUUCAUUAAAUGUAGAGUGUUGUCUUUUGAAGAUACUAUGGCUGAGUGCUCCCAAGCCAUCUGUUAAAUGACUUCCGUGUGUGUGUGUGUGUGUGUGUGUGUGUGUGUGUGUGUGUGUGUUCAUGUGUGUGCCAGAGAUGGGCUUCUUCUCAGACCCACGACUGUCUGCAGUGUCUCAGCCGUCAGAAUGAAAACAUUAUCAAUCAGUACCCAACAGCAGCUGUUUUUGACAAGUUUCUGUCUGACGCCUAAUGCUUUACAACUGUCAAUACGGCUCCUUCUUUGUCUAGCAGUUCGGAGCUCGCCGGCUUGCUGCAUCCUGUCUUGUAACCCUGGAAUUUGCUGUGUUUUGGAAAUCCACUUGGGGGGAGGGGAGGGGGGUUAGGCUGGGCAUAUGUGGGUGGGGGGUGGGUGUGCGUCCGUCCGUAACUGCCGGAUUCCCAUUUUCAUGUAAAGUGCCACAGGUGUCUUAGUUGGCAUAUUCAGAUAUUAUAUAGGAAAAACAGUCUGUUAUGUAUUUCUUUACUCAGCUUCUUGUUAUAUUUAUGGGAGUUACCCAUUUUGUACCUUACUUGCUAAAGCAGUUGCCUUUUUUGCAAUGGCAAUUAAUUUAUAUGACAGAACUUUCUAUCUAUUGUAGUCGACAAUAUCGGUUGCUGACUAACUGCCCUACUGCCCUGUCUCUCUCUUAAACUAUCUUGUAUGUAUACUUAGAGGUUAACAGAUUUUGUGUUGGACAGCUGCCAGGCAAGAAGAACUUGUAUUGUCCUCAAUUUAUAUAUGAUUUCCACGAUCUUCAAAUGAAAAUAAAUGCUGAGUAGAA